AAUAUAGGAAGCAGUAGGGCACUCUAAUUCCCCAAAAAUCAAAGCCUCUGGCGGGUUUCUUAGUUUUCAUCCCAAAUUUUUUCAAAACGCAUUUUUCUCCUCUCCUUUCCUUUCCUAAUUCCCAUUGUUCUUCCUUCCAACUCCUAAACUCCACAACACUCAAACACUUCACCACCAUAGAUUUCUUCUAACGAACCCUUUGAUUUGUGUUUCUGUUCCUAGAAUGUCUUCUCAAGAUCAAAAGCCGCUGAAGAAAGCCAAACCGGAGCUAGACGAUUCGGAUGACGGAAUGAGCCUCGGUGCCCUUUUACAAGAAAAGAGGAAGAAACUCUUAAAUGUGGGUUCUAAACUUCUCUCAAAGCCGAAGAAGGAAGAACUUCUGGGAGUUGAUGGGUUGGGAAAAUCUCCCAAAAUAGAUUCUGGGUCUGCUCCAAAGGGCUCCAAGGUUAAGAAAGAAGAGCGUUUCAACUCUGUUAAUGAUGAUUUUGACGAAAAGCCUGCUAAAAAGAGCUCUGCUGCCAAACGUGAUACGGAAUUGAAGAAAAAGAAGAAAGUGAAGGAGGAGGAGAAGAGCAAGAGCUCAAAGGAGUUGGAGAGCCUGAAAAAAGAGAGAAAGCAAAAGAAGGUAUAUGAUUUGCCUGGUCAGAAGCGAGAUCCUCCAGAAGAGAGAGACCCGCUGAGAAUUUUCUAUGAAUCACUCCACAAGCAACUUCCCCACAGUGAAAUGGCACAGUUUUGGAUGAUGGAGUCUGGUUUGUUAUCCAAAGAAGAAGCAAAGGAAGUUUUUGAAAAGAAGCAGAAAAAGGCACCAUUGCAAAAACUGAGUUCCCCAAUGAAGACUGUGAGUGCUGUAAAGAGCGUUACCAAGACCGCCGUUGUCAAGAAAACUGUCCAAUCUUCUCCGCUCUCUUCAAAUAGAACGACGAAAGUGGACUCUAAAGUCGUUAUGAAAUCGUCGAAGAAGCGCAAGUCCAAAGAUGACAGUUCUGAAGAUGAUUCAGACGACGACUUUUUUAUCAGUCAAAGUAUAAAAAAGAAGGCAAGAGCAGCCUAAUUCAAGUGUAAAUGGACAAUCCCUUCUAUUCAGAAGCUUAUUUUUAAUUUCUGAUUAGUUCCAAAACAUUGCAUCAACGUUUUAAUGAUAUUGACACUCAUCUGGUCAUUUUUCUCCCCCAA